AUAUAUAAAAAAAAGAUAACUUUUCACAAUUAAUAUAUUGAGUGUUAAAAAUUAAUAUAAGAAAAAAAAAGGUGUAAGAAAAUGAAAAAAGAGUGAAAAAUCAAAAACAGUGCAAAAAUCAAUUAUUGUGGAACUAAACAUAUUUUUGUGAGAGAAAUUAAUCUUUUAAAUGUGUGACAUAUUUUUGAAGAUAUUGAUAUAAAAAAAAAAGUUUUUCAUGAAGAAAAUGUAAAAAUUACUUCAAAAAAAAAAAAAAAAAAAAAUAAGAAAAUAUUCUCGAGGUUUUAAAAAGAAGAAAUUUACCUUUCAUCAAGAUAAUAUAUAUAUAUAUUUUUAAAUCGAAAAAACGACUAAAUAAAUUGAAAUUAAUUUUUCUAAAAACAAAAUAUCUUCAUACAAAGAAAUUCUUAUGCAAUAAAUCAAGAAAAUUACAUAAUUAUCCUCGAGAUUGGAAAAAUAGAAAAUAAUUAGAAAUUGAUAUUUCAUUUUUUUUUUUUUUAUUAUAAAAAUCAUUUUUUCAAAGAAAGGAAAAAAUUUAUUGACAAAAAAUUGAUGAAGUGUCGAAAAAUAAUAAACACCUUUAAAUUCAUAAAAUCCAAUUGAAGAAAAAAAUAUAUCAUCAAAGGAAAUAGAGGAAAAUAAUUUUCAAACUAAAACCAAGCAGCGCUCGACAAUUAUUUGCAUUUCCAAUUACGAAAAAAAAAAAUUGUGUCACACUUUAAUUGGGUUUAUCGAAAAAAAAAAAAAAAAAAAAAAGUUGCCAAUUUAUCAGAAUUAUCGUCUGAUAUAAGUUUUAUGCAUCUGAGAAUAUUUUUAUCAUAUAUAGAUAUAUUUUGUGAAAAUCAGAACGCAAGUGUAAAUCGCAUUUCCCAUUCAGUGGUCCGUGUGAAACCGGAAGUUCAAGCGCAAUGUGGACACGAUCACAGAGGCCAAUACGUCGAUAGAUCAUUUCCCCCUCCCCUGUUUAACAUAACCCUGCCUUAAUCAAGAUCGACGUGUAACUUGUACGUGCGCGGAAAUGUUUCGAGCUUAAAGCUUGAUUGGCUGAUCUGUGCUUUGGCUGUUUACAGGGACGCGAGAGUGAAUUAGUUCAAAAAUUAGUGGGAAAUAACAAUGCGAUAACUAGACAAAAAAAAAAAAACAUUUUUUCAAAAGGAAAAAAAAUUAGCAAAGAAGAACUUUUUUUUUCAUAUUCUCAUGAUAAAAAAACGAAGAGAAAGGAAAUUUAUUUCUACAAGAUGAAAUUUCAUUGUCAUCUUUUUUUUCUGAUGUUUCUUUUUGCUGGAAUUGUCAAUUCGGAGUUUCUAAUUGAAACAGUCGAUGCACCAAUACCGACACUGGAUGUGGUGGCAGUUUCUGAACACUCAGCGAAAUUACCAUGUGAUCUCACAUCCAAGAAAGGAAACGAGAUGGCUUUUAUGGUUUUUUGGUAUAAAAAUGAAAAUGGUGGCGAGCCCAUCUACAGUGUUGAUGCACGUUCAACAUUAAUCACUGAGGCAAAAUUAUGGUCGAAUCAAAAAAAUUUUGGCAACAGAGCAAAAAUGCGAACCAAUACUAAGCCAGCAUAUUUAGAAAUUAAUCCAGUUUUACCUGAGGACGAAGGAUUUUACACAUGUCGUGUUGAUUUUCGUAAUAAGCCAACGAAAAAUCAUAAAAUUAAUUUCACUGUCAUUGUACCACCCGAGGCACCGUUGAUCUAUACGAGUUCAGGAAACUUGGCCAACAUAUUGCAUCCUUUCAACGAGGACAGUAAGCUGUCUCUAGUCUGCAAAGUCACUGGUGGAAAGCCUCCACCCCAUGUUGUUUGGUACUUGGAGAACAAAAUACUCGAUGAUAGUUACAAAUCAGAAGUGGGCGAAACAACUGUAAAUCGUUUGGACAUUCAAAAAGUCACAAGAGAUUUUCAACGCGCUCGACUUAUCUGCAAAGCACACAAUAGCCAUCUCACCAAGCCAACGGCGACGGAAAUUAUUUUAACAGUUAAUCUUAAGCCGUUGAUGGUGAACAUAACAAAUAAAACUCCCCAUUUGUCGGCCUUACGGACCUAUGAGAUUGAAUGUAAAAGUUUGGGCUCACGGCCAAAGGCAACAAUCACGUGGUGGAAGGGCAAUAAUCACGUGAAGCACAUGGCAAGAAAUUUUGCAGAAAAUGUAAAUAUAUCAAGAAGUGUUUUGAGCUAUGUUCCAACUAUUGAAGAUAAUGGCAAAUUUUUAACAUGUCGUGCUGAGAAUAAUGUUAUACCUGACAGCGCCCUUGAGGAUAAAUGGCUUCUUGUUAUUCAUUAUGUACCAGUGGUGACAAUUCGACUAGGUUCAAGUUUACAAGCGAACGACAUAAAUGAGGGUGACGAUGUUUACUUUGAAUGUGACGUCAAGGCCAAUCCAAAGGCCUAUAAACUUGGCUGGUAUAAGGAUGGCAAAGAGCUUCAUCAAAAUAUCACCGCCGGUAUUGUACUACCUGGGGGACAAUCUCUCGUUCUUCAAAGCGUGACAAAGAGUUCGGCCGGUGAAUAUUCGUGUAUGGCAGCGAACACAGAAGGAAAAGCAACGAGCCGACCCGUCACACUGGAAGUGAUGUAUUCACCAAUAUGCAAAGAUGGAUCAUCAACGCAAGUUGUGGGUGCAUUGAAACAUGAGACAAUCUCAUUGGUUUGUGGCGUACAAUCAAAACCACCGCCAUUAACAUUUCAUUGGACUUUUAAUAAUUCUGGUGAAAUGAUGAAUGUACCACCAACGCGAUAUACACAGGUGAAGUCAUUGCGAUUGAUUACAAAUAAUUGGCAUGGCUCAAGAUUAAAUUAUACACCUGCAAAUGACAUGGACUAUGGGACAGUUACGUGCUGGGCAAAAAAUCGUAUUGGUGUUCAAAAGACACCGUGUCUCUUUCAAAUAAUUGUCGCUGGAAAGCCAUAUACAUUACAAAAUUGUUCGGCCCUUCAGUCAACAGGACCCUAUGCAUUUCGAAUGGGGCAUGACGAGUUUAAGACUCAGGAUUCAAGAGAAGUUGACUGGUUAAUCGUGAGAUGUAAUGAGGGUUUUGAUGGUGGAUUACCGUUGACUAGUUUUGAACUGGAAGUAUUUAGUGAAGAUAAUGAUGAGCAUAUGAACACGAUUUACAUAAAUCGCACUGCAGGUUAUCCUGGACCAAUUUUCGAGAUUUCUGGAUUGGAGCCAGGCAGAAAUUAUAGGCUUUUAAUUUAUGCUGUCAAUGCCAAAGGGCGCAGUGAUCCUGUUAUCCUUGAACCAGUCACAUUAAAGGGAGUCGCAAUGUACACCACUGGACGUGGAGCAUCGGAAGAGUCAUCCGACUACAGUUUGCUCGUUGCCUGUUUUGCCGGCGGGCUAACUGCCGUUUGUAUUCUAGUCGUUGGUAUCACGUUGACUCUCUAUCGUCGGAACCAUUUUAUGCAACCCAUGAAGACACAAACACACAUAGUUCAUUACGAGUCAAAUAAUGAAGAUUACAAUUCAGUAUCGCCAAUUCAAAAAUCAUCAACAAGACGUGAGGAAAAAAAUUCUUUAAACAUUGUUGAAUUGAGAAAUAAUAAGGAUCAACACGAUACAGAACCACCUGAUGAUGAUCCCGAUGUAAUACCAAAUAAAAUUGUUGAAAGAAGGCCAGAUAUUUUUCAGCCAAAUUACACAUCAACACCGGAGAGAAUUAAACAAUUGGAGAAAUCGGAAAUUUUCGAUUAUUCAACAUCAAUGAAUCUUGUUGAUUCGGGAAUGACAACAACGACAACAACAACGGAAAGUUGGAUAUUUCCCCAUGGUUAUAGAGAGAGAGCGGAAGAAUUGAGUCCUGUAAGGCCGACAACACUUCCGGUUCAUCGUAGCCAUGAUAUUUAUACAAGGAGUUUGCGUGUUCAAGAAAGUUGUAUAUAAAUCUCCGUUUUUGCAUUCACAUCCCUUUCAUCUUUCAUCAAUGGCUAAGUUUUUCAAUGAUAUUGUACAAGAUUCGGUCUGUUUGUACAUAGACAAUAAAUUUCAUUGUUAAAAAAUCG